GUAAAGCGAACUUGAGUAAACAAUACAAGUCAAUUUUGCAGGUUUAUAACAGAUCUGAAUAUUUAAUAACAUUGAAAAAGCAAAGAGAAAAAAAUAUUUGACAAGUUUAUUAAUUGAAAAAUAAAAUGUGACAAUAUAAUAGUGUCGUUAAAAUAAAAUGUUGAAAAUCGAAGUUUAACUUUAUUAACGGAUAUACAGAAGUAAAUGAAGAAAUUUAAAUUGAUCAGUUUUCAUAUUGAAAGCGUUAUAAUGGAAUCAAAAUAGAACGAUUCAAGUGAGAGAAAGGCGCGUGUCGUAAUAUCAAUGGAGAAAACAUAUAUUUAAAUUUCAUUUAUAUAGGAAGGUUUGAAAAGGAAAUUAACCUCAUGUACAUGCUGAGAUAGGUGUAAUGGAUUAUUAUCGCUCUAUGAUAAAGCGACGUAUACCGUGAACAUUACACAUAAUUCUGACGCCGUGACGUCAAUUACGUCGUAACCAUAGUGUGUACAGUUCUGUUUCCGUUUGUGAUUGACAUUUUAAUGUUAUUUUAAUGGUUAUAAUUGACAAAAUAAUGUAAAAUCUUCAAUCAAGGACAAGAAAGUCCAACUUUGGAGGACGGUAUGACAUAUGAUAAGGUUCAGUUUUCACUGAACAGGCACAUGUACCUACAGAACGGAGACCUCGGCCAAUCACUGGAUUGUCCGAUAGAAGGUGAAAAAGUAAUCGUGUCUCAAGUUAAACAGAAACGUAAAUCUAGUGCAUAUGAAUCUUCAUUAGCAAAUAUAAAAGAAGUCACGGAGAGAAGAAAUUCCGAACGCAACUCGAAUAAAUUCAAGGAACUAAGUGACGAUAAUUUAUACAAAGGAAAUAAACCAGAAACAUCCGGAAUUAAGUACUCAAGCAGUGGCAAUGGAACCAUCGAAAUGUUUCUUUCAAAUAACAUAGAAAGUAAAUCAGAAAUGGAACUUUUUCCAAAAUAUAUAGAAGAUAAAAUGAGUUUAAGCACAAAAAGCAGACAAUCAAGCUAUGAUGCGGGAAUAUUGGAGAACGGUAAAAGAUCCUGUACAAGUGAAAGAAACAGUAGUAGUAGUCAAAGUAAUAAUAUAAUGAAGAGUGAGAAUGAAGAUGAAGUUUCAAUUCCUAAAUUAGAAUUAGAUCGAGAAGAUAAACAAGAGCGUAAACGACAUGUAUCAAACUUGGAAAAAUGUUCCAAUAAUAGUAAUGAAAUGGGUAAUGAUCUCCACGUGCAUGAAGACGUGACGACAAAACUUCCAAAUAUUAAAUGUGAACAUAUUCUUGCUGGUCGAGAUUUAUCUAUGAAUCAAGCACACAAUGGAACUGAAGACUUUAAGAAUGGUUCAGAUAAGUGUAUGGUCUGUGAAAUCACCGAAGCAACGGCUAAGUAUGCGUCUGUUGAGGCCAACAGACUUCUAUUAGAAAUUGUAUACCCACAUGAAUUUUACGACAAGUUUCAACGUUCUGGUAAACGAGCCAGAAUGAGCAGAAAUCAACGAAAUCCAGAUACUACCAGAGAUCAUAUAAAUAUAUGUAAACCAGCUAGCGUUGCUCCAAAAGUAUGGCGCCGUGAACGAACAACACUUAUGCAAUCCAAGUCGACAACGAACGAUCGCCCUGAUCCACCGAAUUCCACGAGAGAAACAUACAUAAGUAAAUUCAAAGAACGCUCAGAACAAGACCUUAGUCCAGAAAAGAGAAUAAAGAGAGAUAAAGAUGAACCAAAGAAAGAAAUACACUUACAGUGUAAGGCAAAAGACAAUGCAUUAAUAGUUACGGAAGACAGUGGAGGCCAAAAACUUGUUCUCAAAGGACUAAAAGGAUGGAUAUUGAAGAAAGAUGAUAUGUGUAAAAAUAGAUUGCAUACAGAGAUCAAGAAAUCUUUGUACCAAGUAAAUAGUCUGGGAAUGAACUUCAGUAUUCCUGAAUAUAACUCAACUCUCAGCGAAAGAAAGCUUCAGCUCAUGCGAUCUUUCACGAGUAUUACAACACCACGCCCACCAGAAACGCAGCAACCAAUCAGAAAAUCCGUUACACAAAACUACAGUCCCCGUAGCCAUGUGAUUCAUGCGGAUCCGCCGAGAGAUAUUCAGUCAGUACCAACUAGAACAAUAAAAGGUUUACAGAGAGGUUAUACGCACGUGCCAAAAUUAUUUUCAGACACUUCUACUGAGGACUCGUUUAAGAGUCUUCAGAAGACAAAAGUUGCCAUGGACAAUAGUAAAUCAAUGACUGAAAAUAGUGUUCCUUUUACAAAAGGAAAUACUAAACUGUCAUUACCUCCUUUAGUUAAUGACAUUAAAUCUAGAUCUUAUACUUUUACACAAUUUUAACGAUAUUUUAAAGUAAAUUAUAAAAAACCUAGAAGUUUAAGUGCAAUAAAAUGUUGA